GUUAUACCUUCUUUUUCUUCAUUCCCUCCUUCAUUGUCAUCUGGGUGCAAUUCCAUGAGCUGAAGGACAACACAAAAUUGUCACUUUCUUUUCAUGACUCUGUGAAUUUGUUCAUUGCGAUAAUGGGUUAUUGCAAAGAAGGGUCGUCUUAUUAUAACGUUCUUGGUGUUAGUUCGGAUUCUAGCGUGGAAGAGAUAAAGCGUGCUUACAGAAAGCUUGCUAUGCAAUGGCACCCUGAUAGGUGGACAAAGAUGCCUUCUUUGCUGGGAGAAGCCAAACACAAAUUCCAGCAAAUUCAAGAAGCCUAUUCGGUGUUGUCGGACAGUAAGAAAAGAACUCUGUAUGAUGCGGGUUUGCAUGAUCCUCAAGAGGGAGAGGACGAGGGGUUUUCUGAUUUUUUGGAAGAAAUGUUGUCUCUCAUGGCUCAAGCGAGGAGAGAGAAAAAACAUUACGAUUUGAAAGAGUUGCAGGGGAUGUUGAUGGAAAUUGCUAAAGGAUUCGAGUGUCCUUCAAUGUACUGUGGGGUGUCCUCUGCGAUUGAUGAGUCUCGAUGCUUAAAGAAGACUCGUUUAGACAAGAGCACGGGGGAGAAUAAGGGGUCACAUUUUCAAAUACAACAUCCAUUCAUUUUGUGGAGGAUAAGUACCGAAAGAAAAAGGAAGAUGUUGACGUUAUAAACCUUAUAAAAGUUAAAGGAGUUCAUGUAGUUAAAGUUUCUUUAGAGGGUACCCAUUCAUCUUGUAAGUAUAAUUAGCGUUUACUGUGGACUUGAAAAAUAUUCUUUAAAAAAAUGUCUAGUUUGAAGAAAAGUUGGGUUAAAAAGUAUUCU